CUAAAGUAAAUAAAUAAAUAAAAAUUUCCAUUUCUCUCCUCUCUCCGUCUCUCACCGCGGCCGCCUCAGCCUUUUUUCUUCCUUAUUCUCGGCGGACCGACCACCGCGUCAGUUCCCCCACCGUGGACUUGUGCUCGCCAUCUUCUUCUCAGACACACCGUAAUAUUGUAAACUGAGGGACACUUCAAAAUUUCUGAAGUUAUUAGAAUGAAGAACCAUGAGCGUCUUGCUAAUUUGGCUCUGGCAGCUUUGACCCUUGCACCACUUGUUGUGAAGGUAGACCCAAAUUUGAAUGUCAUUUUGACAGCUUGUUUAACUGUCUACGUGGGAUGUUAUCGCUCUGUUAAGCCUACUCCACCAUCAGAAACGAUGUCCAACGAACAUGCCAUGCGGUUUCCAUUGGUUGGGAGUGCAAUGUUGCUGUCACUAUUUUUACUUUUCAAAUUUCUAUCAAAAGACUUGGUUAAUGCUGUUUUGACGUGCUAUUUUUUUGUACUUGGGAUUGCUGCACUAGCGGCAACACUGCUACCUGAAAUUCAAGGGUUCCUGCCCAAACCAUGGAAUGAUAAUGUUAUUACAUUACGGUUCCCAUAUUUCAAGUCUUUGGAGUUUGAGUUCACAAAAUCACAGAUAGUUGCUGCCAUUCCUGGAACCUUCUUUUGCGCGUGGUAUGCUAAGCAGAAGCAUUGGCUAGCUAACAAUAUCUUGGGGCUUGCCUUCUCCAUUCAGGGAAUUGAAAUGCUUUCACUUGGCUCGUUCAAGACUGGAGCCAUUCUAUUGGCUGGGCUUUUUGUGUAUGACAUAUUCUGGGUCUUCUUCACCCCUGUUAUGGUUAGCGUUGCGAAAUCUUUUGAUGCCCCAAUAAAGCUGUUGUUCCCUACAUCAAAUUCUGCUCGCCCAUUUUCAAUGUUAGGACUUGGUGAUAUAGUGAUUCCUGGGAUUUUUGUAGCAUUAGCUCUUAGAUUUGAUGCCUCAAGAGGGAAGGACAGCCAAUAUUUUAAGAGUGCUUUCCUAGGAUAUACAGCUGGUCUGGUUGCCACAAUCAUCGUAAUGAACUGGUUUCAAGCUGCACAACCUGCUCUGCUCUAUAUCGUGCCUGGUGUCAUUGGAUUUUUGGCUGCUCACUGCUUAUGGAAUGGUGAAGUUAAACCCUUGUUGGCAUUUGAUGAAUCGAAAUCAAAAACUGAAGAGACUGAUGAAAACUCUAACAAGAAAGCAGACUGAGGCUUGGUUGGUAGGCAAGAUGCAACUUACAGACAUGUGUGAAGGCUUUCGUAGUCGACUAACUUGAAACAGAAUGUUAUACCUGAUCUUUGUUAUGAGCUAAAAACGUAUUAGCCCCUCGUACCCUGCCCAGGCCGAUAUAAGAAUUUUGAUGUGAAUCUAUAACCAGAUUAUGUUGGGGCCUUUUA